AUGGCCAGUGAACAACCGGAGCGAGCAUCUGAGGAAGAUGAGAAAGUCAGAUACCCAUCCGCAGGAGCAGCGCCGCAGCCCCUUCGCAUCAUUCUUCCAUAUCAGGCAGAGGAGGUAGUCACUCCUCGGCUGGUGCUGGUCCCCAUUACACACGACCAUGCCCAAUCGUUAUUCGAAGUGAAUGCAAAGCUGAACGGUGCCUGGCACGCCCCGGAUGUCUCAGCUGUCAAAGCAUGGAUGGACUCUAAGAGACUCCAAGUGCCUGGCUCAGGAGAGCUCAUGCUCUACUUUGCCGUGACGCUGCGAGAAGAGACGCCAGAAGGCAAAGUCAAGCCAGGCAGAUUUAUAGGGACCGUCGGGAUGAACCAGGUACUCCCCAUCCCGAACCUGGGAUAUUCUAUCGAUGCAGACCUCUGGGGUAGAGGGUAUGGCACGGAGGCUUUGAGGGCGUUUUUGGAGAUCUGGUGGGCAAUACCACGACGGCCGGCGGAGGAGGGAGAGGAGAAGCCUGAGAAGGUGUUUGCCAAUGUCAACAGGGCAAAUUUUCCUAGUAUUAAGCUGCUGGAGAAGUGCGGAUUCACCAUCUACAGCGAGAGGACGAUGGCGGAUGGCUCAGUUCUGGCCUUCCUGGAGAAAGAGAGAAGCUGA